UCGGGUUUGGUACUUUUGAAUGUUGACUAGUUGGAUUCUUGGGCAACGUCACAGAGGUCAAGAACCUUAAGUGAUUGGAGAAGGCGGCAGUCUUCAAUUACCUGGGUUAGAAAGGUUAAGUAGGUUUUUAUUUGCCAUCUCCUGACACGGACGAGGAGCUACAAAGUAAUGGAUUUAUUGUUGAUUGAUUUUGAUGCGUCGUCACCAGAGUUUCUGUCGAAGUAUUGCCAGAAUUUGAUGACCUAUGAGAGCAUGACUUCAAGCAGUGAAUGUGCUGUGAUUUCAGCACUUCCCGACUCUUCAACAGAAUUUAUAUAUAUAUAAAUGUAAAUAUAUAUAUUUUUUGAAUAUUUAUUUUAUGAUAGAACCUGACAGUUAUCCAAAAAUGAUCACUUUCCUUCAAAAGUCGCUUACUUUCGAAAUAGGAGAGUAGUGUAAGCCUCCGUGUUCGUUUGAGGGUUUCUAUACAGUCACUUUUGAGCAGUGUCGUGCUUUGGCGUUACCGUUACAAGAGAACUUCGAUGAACUGCUUCUUUUUUGUUAUCGUCCUAGAAACAUCCUUUGUGUAGUCGUAGCAUCAGCCUCUCAUUUUCAGUGGACGAUUAGUCAGAGAGUUUUUGCUUAUCAAAGAGCGCUUAAUGGUGAUGUUAAAGCUCGAGCUGGAUUUGAACGUUUCUUUUGCUCGUGCCUGUAGAAGAAUAAAUCAUGGUUGCAGGACUUGGCGUUCAGAUUGUUAGAGAUUCUUUGAAAAUUAGAUGUAACUAAAUUUGCUAAGGUUUCAUGCAAUUGAAUAAGAGAGUUUGAAAGUGAGGGUAUGUUGUGUCGUGAAGGCUUUGAUGGGAGGGGUUGUGUUAUCAGUCUCAGCACAGCAAGAAGAGCGACGAAUUCAAAAUUGCGAAUGAGCAUCUUGACGGUCUUGGAUGUACAGUUGGGUGAUUCCCAUUGUUUGGGUUAAUUGGAAGAAGCGCCGUAUCUUUUGAAGCUAUUGUCAGCGAGUGUAUUGCGUUUUUGUCGCUCAGCGAUGGGUGGUGUUUAGGGCAACAUCUGGAGUUUUGAAUCAUAGGUUAUAGGAUUCCAAUUCUGAUGCAAUUAACAACUGGUGAAUGAAGUAGAUAAGCGUUGAUCUUUGACCAGCAGCACAUCAGUAUAUAUACUUUUUGAUUUUUUGAACUGCAACGGUUGAGUAGGAAAUUUGCUAGCUACAUUCAUCUUCAUUACGUGCAAGAUUUGGUGUGCUUGCAUCCUCGAGAAAUUCUAACACCUACUAUCCAGUGUAGCUGUGUUGCUCGACUGGUUACGCACCUUCCUCAUACUUUAAGAAUGAGGUUGUCACAGCAAAAAUUCUUUGCACAAGGUUGUUGUCAGCCGUGGGACCUAUGAAAUCGCAAGAUGUGCAUAGUACAGAGGCCUCGGCAUAAUGUUACAUAGACACCAGCCACAUUCGUUGGUCUUGCCUCCCGGCAUUUGCAGAUUCUGAGUGCAGCAGGUAUCAAAUUCACAAUUUUCAACGAAGAAUGAGCAGAAUACGAGGAAUUUUGAAUGAAUGAGAAAAUGCGAUAAUAUGAGGAGUUGGAUUUUCGAGAUUAGCAGCUGUGGUGUCGUUUCUAAGCGAAGGUGCACUUGUGAAUCAUUUGCGGAUUAUCUUACGUGAAUGCUAAUCUCCUGCGGCAGCUGCAUGCUAUUCAAGAUUGACAGCCAGUGAUCACAAUUCAUCGGUCAAAACUAUUCUAAUGUUUUGCCUCACCGAGUCAAGACUGCUUGGAGUGUCGGCAGUUCGAAGAAUUUGCCGGAUUCAGCUGCUGAUUUUGGCAGCAAGUGCAAGGUGACACUCGGUUUAGUCGUUGUGUUUGGAAAUCGGGGAUAUCAGAACUGGUGCAAUUGAGUAGUUUCUGAGGUGCACUGCGUAUAGUCGAUGCAUUUCAUCCGAGUAACGUGCUCCUAGAUGCCGGCUUCGUUUAGAGAAUGGUUGCAUGCCCUACAUUCAAUACCAGAAGGUGACUUCGUGAAUUGGCGGGAAUGCCUCAAAAGUGCUCAGUUUUCCAGCCGAUUUUCUUUGAGGUUCUGGUGCUACUACUAUGGGUUGGGAUAUUUACUUCUGCUGAAGAACAUAGUCAUUCACAUUGGCGUGAUAGGAAAUCUACCAGCAAAUCUCUACAGACUCACUCUUGCAUCCAUGAUAAAAUCCUAGAACAGCAGCGCCGGGCCGGGGUGAAUCAGUACAAAAUCACACCCCAGGUCUAUGACUCUAGUGCCGAACCACUGGAGGAUGAAACACACGGGCGUGUAUUGCUAGAACAGUCAGAUGUCGACAAAAGACAACCUAUCAGGAUCUUUCUUAAUUAUGACGCCGUGGGACUCUCCCAUGAUCGAGACUGUCGGGCUCCUGGAGAGAUUGUGAAGCUCGGGGAGCCCACUUCUAGCAGCAUACCUGGAUUUCCAGCGUGCAACUCCCGCGUUGAACCACCUAUAUACGGAGACUGCUGGUACAACUGUACAUCGGACGACAUUACUGGAGAGGACAAGAAGAACCGCUUGCACGAGGCGUUAGGAGAGACAGCGGCAUGGUUUAGAAGAGCCCUGUCUGUGGAACGAAUCAAGGGGCCAUUACGUCUCAGUGGAUACUCUGCUUGUGGUCAAGAUGGAGGUGUCCAGCUUCCUCGUCAAUACGUUGAUGAGGGUAUCGAGAAUGCCGAUCUUGUGUUGUUGGUUACAACGAGACCCACUACAGGCAACACCCUGGCAUGGGCUGUAGCCUGUGAGCGAGACCAGUGGGGCCGCGCCAUUGCAGGGCAUGUGAAUGUCGCUCCGCGGCAUUUGACUGCCGAAGCUGAAACUCUUCUGUCCGCCACUCUCAUUCAUGAGGUCGUGCAUGUGUUAGGAUUUGAUCCGCAUGCCUUCGCUCACUUUCGGGAUGAGCGCAAGCGGAGACGCAGUAAGGUAGUAACGCAAGAAUUUGACUCGAACUUGGGGCGAAUGGUGACACGGGUCGUAUUGCCCAGGGUGAUAAUGCAUUCACGGCAGCACUAUGGGGCGUACUCCAAGGAUUUUAGCGGAUUGGAACUGGAAGACGGUGGAGGAAGAGGGACGGCAGGGUCGCAUUGGGAGAAGCGGUUGCUGAUGAAUGAAAUAAUGACGGGGUCAGUGGACACAAGAUCGGUCGUGUCGGCCAUGACACUGGCAUUGCUGGAAGACAGCGGAUGGUAUAAAGCAAACUAUAGCAUGGCAGAGCAGCUGGACUGGGGUAGAAAUCAGGGCGAUGAUUUUCUCUUCUCAAGAUGCGACGCUUGGAAUGGAGCCUACCGCUGCAACAGCACCACCCCGUCUGGUUGUACUUAUAAUCGUGAGGCUGAGGGUUACUGUCCUAUUGUGAAGUACAAUGGCGACUUGCCUACGUGGGCGCGUUACUUUCCUGAGGCUAAUAAAGGAGGCCAAUCUUCGUUGGCAGAUUACUGUGCAUACUUUGUGGCUUACUCUGAUGGGUCCUGUAUAGAUACAAAUAGUGCCCGGGCUCCAGAUAUAAUGCUCGGUGAAUCUCGAGGCCAGGAUUCAAGGUGCAUGACAUCUUCUCUAGUGCGCUCUGGGUUUGUGCGUGGCUCUAUGACGCAGGGAAAUGGAUGUUAUCUGCAUCGAUGUGCAAAUGAUGUUCUUGAAGUUGCCGUGGAUGGAGUAUGGAAGACUUGUCCACGAGAAGGUGGACGGCUGAAGUUUCCAGGUUUCAAUGGACACUUGGAAUGUCCUAUGUACCAUGAGCUUUGCGAUGACUCGCCUUUGUCAAUAUCUGGGCAAUGCAACCAGAAUUGUCACGGCAAUGGGGAGUGUAUCGAGGGAAAAUGCCACUGUUUCUUCGGUUUCGGUGGUGACGACUGUCGCGAACGCGUUUGUCCAGGAGGAUGCAGUGGCCUCGGGAUGUGUACAGAGAACGGAUUGUGUGAAUGCGAAGCAGGUUACACUGGUGUGGACUGUUCCACCGCCGGAUGUGACGAGCAAUGCAGUCUACACGGAGGCGUCUGUGACAACGGAGUGUGCGAAUUUCGUUGCUCAGACUACGCAGGCUACACCUGCCAAAACAGUAGCAAUCUCAUUUCCAGCCUUGAACUGUGCGGGAACGUGCUAGUCGGUGAGCCCCAAGGGCAACACUGCGCCCCGAGCGAAUCCUCAAUUCUGCAGCAGCUGGAGGCAGCAGUGGUGAUGCCUAAUUACAACCGCCUUGUCCCAAGUGGUCGCCCUUUCUUUAGGAUGUUUGACAACGGCUACUGCGCCACAGCGGCCAAACGCCUUGCUUGCUGGAUUUCAAUCCAACGCUGUGACACAGACGGGGACAACCGGCUGCGCGUCUGUCACUCCGCAUGCGAGUCCUACAAUAUCGCGUGCGGUGCAAGGCUCGACUGUUCCGAUCGCACACUCUUCAGCGGCACUGAAGGGGAUGGAGAGGAGGUCUGUACAGGUGACGGCACGAUGGGCUCAUGGUGGCAUAUGCAUUUCACCACCACUCUCCUGAUCGCCGUCUUUCUCCUGCUUAUGCUCAUUACAUUUUCCCUGUGGACUAAGCUGCGGCACCAGGGUGGAGACGUCUUCAUCCUGCCAUCGUCCGGGGGGCGAUCCCCGGUCUACCACCACCAAGACUUGUGGUGGGCUGCGGUAGGGGAUCCUACACGAGACGAUAUGUUUGGGCUGAACCCGCUGAAGCUUGGACCUUACAUCCACGCGCCAGACGGAAGCGAGUGCCAGCGGCCGCCCCUGUCGCCACCUUCAAUCUCCGUAGACUCACCCAAGGUGACGCGGACGCCGUCCCGGGGCUUGAUGGCUGAAAUUUUGUUAGAUCGAGCGGGUCAGCUGUUGUCGCGUGGCUCGCCUAGGAAAGGAGAUUACAUUCCAGUAGAUGGUGAUUGAGAAAGCCGCCUUCCUCGACGAGACCUGAAGGGAAUGAUAUUCUUCGCUUCAACGAUUGUUUUUGCUAACUUGGCAGAAAUCUUGCAUUCCGGUGACUGAGCAGACAAUCCAUUAUUCAUAAGAUGGGGUGCAUGCUCCCAUCUCAACUGUAAAUUAAACAUUGCAUUCAGAAGCUUUUUUUUUAACCCCUGGCUUCA